UCGCCGCAGACGUAUUCCACAAUGGCGCCCAAAGCAAUUGACAUACCCGAUAUCAGCUCAGACCCGAUGUCGACGUUAGAGAACGUACUUACUUCACCACGACGCUUGACUGGAUUUGAGAAAUAUUUGAGGCGAGAUGCUGAUCACAAACACCUUGUUUUGUUGGAAGAGUUAAGACAACUUCGACGGAUCCCCAUGGUUCGUUGAACUCGAGUCACAAUAUAUCAUUUGCCAGCGAUUGCAAUUGAUGGAAUGGCAGAAUUUCACAGCAAAUGAAUUGAUCGCCAUUUUCGAAGAAGCUGAAGCAGAAAUCAUGGAGUAUCUGAGUAAAAAAAUGAGUAGCUUUCGUAGAAGCAUGGAUUCGCCAAGAAAUUUCAAGGCACCCUUGCCAGCCGAAACGGACGGCACUCGUAAACGGGUCGUCAUUGUUGGCGGUGGAUUCACAGGAUGUACGGUCGCUAGCAUCUUAGACCCAAUGACCCGCUUCGAAGUGGUGUUGAUUGACAACAAAGAUUCAUUCGAGUACACCCCGAGUCUGAUAAAAAAUUUGGUGUCGCCUGAACAUUUCUCUUCAUCCGUAAGAAUACCUCAUAAUACCUAUGUUAAGAACGGAAGAGUUAUUAUUGGUCACGCACACGGUAUAUCGUCAUCUGCACGACAUAUACUUGUCAAUGACACCGAGAUUUCUUUUGACUAUCUAGUCUUGGCAACGGGUAGUACCUAUAGGUCUCAAUUCAAAUCCUCGGAUACGUCAACGCUGUACCGUGCUUCUCAGAUUGACAAUGAAACCAGGGAACUCAGAAAAGCAAACUCUAUCUUGAUCAUAGGAGGCGGCCUAGUAGGCUGCGAACUUGCAAGUGAGGUGUCGCGUGUUUACGAUGGUAUUGAUCGACCAAAGAAAACAAAAAUAACCAUGGUCGAAUCUGGCAAAUCUCUGGUGCAAAGAAGUACUCCAAAGCAACAAAAAUAUGCCGCACAAUACUUGGAAAAACUAGGUGUAGAAGUCAUUCUCGGUGAAAGAGUUAUACCGUUUGAAGACUUUCACAAGGGAGAAACUGUCUACGUCGGUGCAAGUGGUAAAAGAUAUACCGGCUACGAUAAGGUCUUCUUUGCCACGGGCACCAGGCCUGCCAGUGAAAUUCUCCUCCGGGAAACCGACGAGUUCGCCAAUUGCAUUGAUUGCAAUGGUCGUAUCUGCGUCAAGCCUACCCUGCAAGUUGACCACUGGUUGUUCCAACACGUUUUCUCUGGCGGCGACGUUACCAAUGUUAAGGAAGAAAAAACCGGUUAUGCUGCCACUCUCGCCGGUGUUGUCAUUGCUCGUAAUAUUUGUCGAUUGGUGAAGGGCAAGCAACCCAUUCGCCAAAGUGAAUGCGGCACCAUUGCUCCUCCUCAAAAACCACUGCAUGGUGUUUCCAGACAGGAAACUCAUGCUGGACAAGCGCCAGAGUGCGCAAGACAAACAUGAACGUCAAACCCCACUAGCUCUUCCACUGACAUGGACGCAUAGCGAAGAUACCCUGACCAAUUCGAUGCUGAGACAUUUGUCUCGAUUCUGUCGCUUAAAUCCCUCGCAAGGGCCAUCAAAAGUUAAUAUUCUGGCCUCCACUGGACACCCAACCAUAUGAACGCUAGAAGCUCCCACUCAAAAAUAGACAUCAAUAAAUCACCCCAUUGUUUCUCAGAGACUCGAGCCAGGCUAACCAUUCCGAAUGAUCACCCGGGUGGUCAUUAGUUUUGCCUACAGCUCAGCUCAGCGGCCGACAUAAUUCUCUCCUAGCGGCAUCAAAGUGAGAAUCAAACAUUUUUGUACAUAACUCCGGUCGAAGAGACCAAAUUGUCUUUGCAAUAAUAAAGAACUUCUUUUUUUAAAUCAUCAGACACCAAUCACAGUAGU